UGUACCUCGAUUUGACUAAUUCAAUGCUCAACACUACAAGGCUUUCGCAUCUUGCUUCCACACAAAAAAAAAAGUCAAGCUCACGACAACUACAUCUAAGUCCCUCAAGACAACGACUGAUAUGAUUAUCAUAUAAGUCGACAAUCCCAAUUCAUGAAUACUAGUCUUCACCUCGGUAGAUACUGUCCAAAGUCUCAUUUUCCUAGCAAGUUCACCAACUUCGCCGUCCCAAAUUUAUGGGGUGUGGGUUGGGUGCUGGGUGUUGUCGUGUCGGAAUGUCUCUCCGCAAUUAUAACCGACGACUGUAAUCAACGGCUACCAUUACCGGGACGAUACUAUUUCUCCAUGUGCACAAGGCUUUCCUAAAUUCACACAACUAUCUUAAAACUUGAAUGUUGAUGUCUGCCUACCUAGGUACCUAAUAUUCACCAUCCUCCUUUUUCUUUUAGGCCCGUGGACUUAGCCACCUGCAAUAUUCACCCCAUAUGCAUUUCUUUCUUCCGCAUAUUAUAGGUGGCAAGUCAUUCCUUCUCUAGUCCCUAUCCUCUGGUCUCGGACUACUGUUCUUAAAACACUCAUACGUUUCUACUUCUCCCUCACUCUUCCCUCUCCUCUUCCUUCCUCCCGUAUUAUUCCCCUCUUCUCCCUCAACCACAAACCUCUCCCUUCAAAAUGAGCGACCCCCCAGCCGCCAUCAACUUUGGCACCAAUGUGUGCCUCUUCCGCUGUCUACGGAGUGAUGGGGAGAAGUUCCCAGAGGAGCGUUACAGAGAUUGCGAGUGGGCGAGACCAGAAAAAGUAGAGGAUUGGCUCACUAAGCUUGGAAAAUUUGCGCGCCAUCAAUUCUAUCCCCUCGAAGCUAAUUUCCCAUCAGAUCGAGAAUUUGCCUUUGAAUCGUUCCCGAAGAACUACGAAUUGCGAACCAGGAAGAAAUCUACCGAUGGUGCUCCAUACUGUUAUUUAUUUGGACAUCCGGAGAGAGAAGACGCCAAUAAAGCCUUUUUGCCGCCGGUUUUCAGAUCCCCGGCCGAAUUUUUCCCUCACCUCUUAUGGCUCGUAACUGAUGAGAACCUGGACCGGGCAACUUGUCAAUGUCGAUGUUGCAUCGAACAGCUGCAACUUCCCAAGACACAGAAUGCAAAAGGCUCAUCCCUAGCCAGUUCUGGCCCUCCCCCUGACCCAUCUGCUGGCUCUGGAGGUCCUCCUGGACCUACCACUCGCCCUAGCAAACCCUCUUCUCGUAGCUCAGCGAAGAAGGGCGGGUCUACCGCAUCAUCAGCAAACAAGCCAACUUCCAAGUCCACGACAGUUGAUGUACAACCCCAAAUCGACGAGUCAUUUCUCUUUAGAGAAGGGGAAGUCGUUUGGUUUAGAAAGAUCCAGGAGGCAUUUCGCCUCGGGAUCAUUCUUCGGAAUUUCCCCGGAGAUCCAGCUAGUUCGACUCCUCCUAAAAGUAGAAUCCAACCGCUUUCUCAUCAUCAAAGAGUCAUUGAAGAUGUCGAACGAGCCGAGGUCGAUAUGCGACCAUUUUUGACGUUUAGUGUUCCGGCCAUCAACCCCAUGCUUCAUGCUAUAGCCGACCAGCCUAUGCAAAGUGUUGCAUGGGACUUAGUAGAAGCCCAAUUGCCUAACGAGAACAUGAAGGGCGAGAUGCUAAGUCUUGAUGCAUCUAAAAUCGCUGCUAGCCAAAUUGACCAUUCUUACUCUUUAUUCAACGCCAUUGCGAAUCCCCACGCUCCGCCUAACCAAGUGAACUUCGGUGGUGUGUUCCUCGGUUGCGAAAAACUCGGCGUAUUCGAAGCAGUCCGGGUCCGCGUUGAGCUACACGAACACCCGGACGCGAAUAAUCUCGAGCUCACCUUUGCCAUGGUCCUGAAGAGCAUUGUUCUCGAGAAAACCGACAAGGCUGAACUACUCUACUUCCAAGGUGACAUCUGGCUCCUACAGGAAACUUCAUCACCUCAGCACGUCCAGAAUCUGGAUCAGCUUCCUCUUGCUAUGCGCCGCGAGAAGGCGUUCCGAGAUAACGUGAAGAGGGCCCACGGUACACAUUUCGAUUGGGUCCCCGUGUUGAUGAAUAUUAUAAAGCCAGAACAGUCCAUUCGAGGUCGUUUCUACGAAUCCGAGAGACUUGGCCCUAUGCUUAAUCCCCAAUGGGGUCAGUACUUACAAACUGGUGUCGUUCUGAAUAUCCAGAAGUCCUUGAACAACCGCUUCGAUUCGAGAGGCAAUUACAUUGGAAGGAAGAAGUCGCGUCUUGCUGCGAUCAUUGGUGCGGUUCCCCCGAAUACUACGCUGUCCCUUGGACCUGGUGUUGUGGAGUGGUCUUGAGGAAUUGGAUGCGUUCCUUGACCAUGAUUUGGUGGAUUAGGAGUGGUCACACUGCGAUACUGAGAUUGGCAAUUUGAUAAUCUGAUGAAGGAGAAUUCAGUGGUUGUAUGGUGCCUGGCUGAGCACUAAAUCUAGCCGCCUACGAUAGUAGGAUUGAAGACGGAUACUUACGCCAGCUACGUCUACUGGGGCUUCGUCCCCUAAGAGAAGAAUAGCUCUGGGGAAGAACAGAAUGCACGUUAAUUGAGACAGAUAGGGAGGACGAUAGGGCUUUGACUUGAUGUAAAAUAGUCAUUUCCCACUGUUAGAGGCGGUUUAGUCAAGUCUGACUGAUAAUAAUGACACCAAUGUCUUUGUAAACACUGCAAAACUAAUGCGACUAAAUGGGUACCUGUGCUAUUAAGACCCUGAUAAUGGC